AUGGACGACCAAGGAGUCUUUGACUGCAGCAGACAGAUGCCACCUGGCUCCAGAGAACACCUCCUGUACCUCCAAGACAGAGGGGUGACCCACUUCAAGGUGCCACUAUCUUGGGACCAGCUCCUUCCUUCAGGGUCCACCAGCCAACCGCAGGAGUCAGUGGUGGUCUGCUACCGAACCCUGUUGACUCAGCUGCAUGAGAUGGGCCUUAAACCCCUCAUGAUUCUACAUGGAUCAUCGGUGCCAGACAGUUUCAGAUCCAGCCACGGCAGCUGGGACAACCCGGAGGUGAUGCAGAUGUUCAUGCGCUAUGCCGAGUUUGCCUUCGCUGAGUUCGGAGAGCAGGCAGAUGUGUGGCUGACACUGAGCCAUCUGGAAGAUCUGCAGCCAGAAGAACUGAAGAACAUCCGACUUAUUCAAGCCUCCACACACAAGCGCUUUCAGCAGCUGUUUCCCAACACAGAAUCUUCAUGCACCUUCUGUGAAACCUGGAAAAGCUUUGCUGACCCUGCACGAGAUGAUUUCUUGAACGAAUCUUUCCCUGCUGGCUUCCAGUGGGCGACCUCCAGCGAGUCCUUCAAGGUUGAAGGCGGCUGGAAGGAAGGUGGCAAAGGGGAGACCAUUUGGGAUCGCUUUGGACACGAUAACAAUGUCUACAUGAACCAGACGGCCGACUUGGCAUGUGACAGUUACCACAAGGUAGACUACGACGUCUACCUUCUCCGAGGACUUCAAGUCAACACGCAUCAGUUCUCCAUCUCCUGGGCUCGUGUUCUUCCCACCGGCCACUCAAGCAGUAUAUCAGAGGAAGGCGUCCUCUACUAUGACAAGCUGAUCAAUGCUCUUAUUGAGUCUGGUAUUCAACCUGUGGUUACCCUCUACCACUGGGAUCUACCCCAGGCACUCCAAGACUCAGGCGGGUGGACCAACGACUCCAUCGUUGAGGUCUUCAAGAGCUAUGCCGACUUCUGCUUCUCCAGGUUUGGAGACAGAGUGAGGACCUGGAACACCUUCAGUAGCCCAUGGGUGGUGAGUCAUGCUGGCUAUGGAACUGGUGAGCAUGCUCCAGGAGUGGAGGACUACGUGGUGGCCUCUUAUCAGGUGACUCACAACAUCUUGAAGUCCCAUGCAGAAGCCUGGCAUGUCUACAACGACAAGUACCGAACCAAACAAGGAGGGAACGUGGGAAUUGCACUCAACUCUGACUGGGCUGAGCCCAAAGACCCCACUAAGCCUGAAGACGUGGCUGCAGCGAACCGCUACCUGCAGAUGAUGCUGGGUUGGUUUGCUCACCCCAUAUUUGUGGAUGGGGAUUAUCCAGCAGCACUGAAGACUCAGAUUGAAGACAAAAAGAAAGCAUGCGUGGCCCCUCCUGCCGUCCUGCCAGUGUUCACUGCCAAAGAGAAAGAAAGGAUCAGAGGGACUGCUGACUUCUUCGGUCUGAAUCACUACACGUCCAGGUUGGUCACCAACAGAGAUGGUGGUUGCGCUCCGGGUCCUGAAGGGGUGGGAGAUCUCCAGACAAGUGUGGACCCUUCGUGGCCCUCUACAGUCUCAGACUGGAUCUUCUCAGCUCCCUGGGGUCUGAGGCGACUUCUGAAGUAUGUUUCAGCGGAGUACAUGAAGGUGAAGAAAGUGCCAGUGUAUGUCACUGGGAAUGGGAUGCCCACUGAGGCCACUGGAGACACUCUCAAUGACACCAGCAGAGUGGAGUACAUGAGGAGCUACAUCAACGAGGCCCUGAAAGCCAAAUUACGUGACGGCGUGGACGUGCGACGAUUCACCGUCCAGUCGCUGAUGGAUGGAUUUGAAGGAAAGCAAGGCUACAGUGAGAGGUUUGGGCUUCAUCAUGUCAACUUUGAUGACCCUGACAGACCCAGGACUCCCAGACAGUCUGCAUAUUCCUACUCUGAGAUCAUCCAGCAAAAUGGAUUCAGACCAGCCAAAGAUGGUGUCGCUAACGUCCCACAGAGGCAGAGCUUUCGCCGUUCCUCCCCACUCCCUCCAUCAGAAGUCCCCUCGAAAGCCAAAGUGGUCUGGGAGAAGUUCUCCCACCAGUCAAAGUUCCAAAGACAACUCUACCAUUAUGGCACGUUCCCACAGGGCUUCAGUUGGGGCGUGUCAUCGUCAGCUUAUCAGAUCGAAGGUGGCUGGAACACAGACGGGAAAGGUCCGAGUGUCUGGGAUCAGUUCACCCAAAAACCUGGAAGUAUUCCGGGGAAUCCCACCGGAGAUGUGGCCUGCGACAGCUACAACAGACUGGACGAGGACCUUUACAUGCUGCGAGCUCUCCAAGUGAAGUCCUACAGGUUCUCCUUGUCCUGGUCCAGAAUCUUUCCUGACGGUAACAGAACGUCUCUGAACCAGAAAGGUGUCGACUUUUACAACAGACUUAUCGACGGCCUGUUAGCGUACAACAUCACCCCCAUGGUGACGCUCUACCACUGGGACCUCCCACAAGCGCUGCAAAACCAGGGUGGCUGGGAAAACGUCAAGAUGAUUGACAUUUUUAAUGACUACUGUGACUUCUGCUUCGCCACGUUUGGAGACCGAGUUAAACUAUGGAUCACAAUCAACCAGCCUCACACCAUCGCCUGGUCUGGGUACGGGCUCGGAGAGAUUCCACCACGCAUCAAGAAGCCUGGAGUUGCACCUUACGCUGUCGCACAUAACCUGAUAAAAGCUCACGCCAAAGUCUACCACACAUACGAUGACAAGUAUCGAAAAUCACAAGGUGGCCUGGUGUCUCUGGCCCUCAGCGCUGACUGGGUGGAACCUGUCGACGCUAGUGUUCGACGUGAAGUGGUGGCAGCAGACCGGGCUUUGCAGUUCCACCUCGGUUGGUUUGCACACCCUAUUUUCAAGAACGGUGACUACCCUGAUGCCAUGAAGUGGCAGGUGGGGAACAAGAGUGAACUCCAGGGUCUCCCAGAGUCGAGACUGCCGACCUUCACUGAGGAAGAGAAACGCUUUAUCCGAGGAACUGCAGACAUGUUUUGUGUCAAUCACUACACAACAAACAUCAUCAGUCACGUCACAGCUUUCCUCAGCCCUCAAUCAUACCAAUAUGACCAGGAUCUGUCAGAAGCUGAGGAGAGUGAUUCUCCAGCUACUGCCAUCAGCAAACAGAGAGCUGUGGCCUGGGGUCUGAGAAGAUUACUCAACUGGAUAAAAGAGGAGUACGGAGACCCUGACAUCUACAUCACUGAGAAUGGAGUCGCUACUGAAGCCGCUAAAACCACGGUGGAUGAUACUGACAGAGUGUAUUACUUUAAAACCUACAUUGAUGAGGCACUGAAAGCUCAAAACCUGGAUGGUGUCAAGGUCAAAGGUUACACAGCAACUUCUCUCAUGGAUUCCUUCGAGUGGCUCAACGGCUACAAAGUUGGAUUUGGGCUUCACCAUGUGGACUUCACCAACCCAAGCCGGCCGCGGACCCCUAAGCGCUCUGCUCACUUCUACCAUCAUAUCAUCCAGGAUAAUGGCUUUCCUCUGCCUGACGAUGAGAAGGUGCUGUAUGGGCUCUUUCCAGUCGGCUUCAACUGGAGUAGUGCCAGUUCCUCGUACCAGAUUGAGGGCAGCUGGAGAGCUGAUGGUAAAGGCCUGAGCAUAUGGGACCAGUUUGCGCACACCCCCCUGCAUGUGGACGGCAGUGACAAUGGCGACGUGGCCUGCGACAGCUACAACAAGAUCAGGGAGGACGUGGAGGUGCUGAAGAAGCUCAAAGUCACACACUAUCGUUUCUCCAUAUCCUGGCCCAGAGUGCUCCCUGAUGGCACUGAUGGACACGUGAACGAAGCGGGACUCAAUUACUAUCACAGACUGGUGGACGCUUUAUUAGCUGCUGACAUUGAGCCACAGGUGACUUUGUAUCACUGGGACCUCCCUCUGGCUCUGCAGCUCGUCGGGGGCUGGGAGAAUGAAACCAUCGUUCAAAGAUUCAGAGACUACGCUGAUGUCUUGUUCAGCCGAUUGGGCAAAAAAGUCAAAUUCUGGAUCACCUUCAAUGAACCCUACAUUGUUGCUAACCUGGGCUACGGAUACGGGACUUUUGCUCCAGGCAUCAUAGGUAAACAGUAUAUUGCUGCUCACAACCUGAUCAAGGCCCAUGCGGAGGCGUGGCAUCUCUACAACGACAAGUACCGUCCAACACAGAAGGGUCUCAUCUCCAUUACCAUCAACUCCGAUUGGGCGGAGCCACAGAACCCAUACAAGCAAGAGGACUGGGAUGCAGUGGAGCGCUAUUUGCAGUUCCUCAUCGGCUGGUUCGCACAUCCCAUUUUUAACGGAGAUUAUCCUGAGUUAAUGAAAACUAUAGUUCGGAGGAGGAGUGUUGCUGCAGGUCUCCUCAAGUCAAGGCUUCCGGAGUUCACUGCAGAAGAAAUCAAAAGAAUUAAAGGAACCCACGACUACUUUGGUUUGAAUCACUACACCACGGUUCUGUCUUACCCUGUUGACCUUGGGAAGCAGCAGGAUUAUGAAGGUGACAGGGGCACUGGAACUAGCCAUGACCGCACAUGGAUCAGUUCUGGCUCCUCCUGGCUGAAGAUCACUCCGUUUGGUUUCCGGAGACUCCUGAAGUUCAUCAAGGACGAGUAUGGAAACCCGCCCAUUUACGUCACUGAGAACGGGAUCUCAGAGCGUGGAGCCGUGGACUUGAACGACAUCCACAGGAGACACUACUACGAGACCUACAUCAACCAGGCCCUGAAAGCCCUGGUUCUGGAUGGCGUCGACCUGAGGGGCUACACUGCCUGGUCGCUGAUGGACAACUUUGAGUGGGCAGCCGGCUUCUCCGAGAGAUUUGGACUCUUUUUUGUGAACCGCUCCGACCCAAAUUUUCCUCGCAUCCCCAAAAUGUCAUCAUCAACCUUCGCCUCUAUCAUCACCUGCAAUGGCUUUCCCGACCCUGCCCUUGGGCCUCAUGAGUGCUUGAACCCUGCACCUGCAGAGAGCUCUGCAACCACGCCGCCUCCCGUGGCCAAGCCCAGCAUGGUGGACUUUUUGGGCCUCCAACUUUCUCCCGAUGAUGCUGGGGUGGCACUUCAUGUCACGUUUGCGUUACUGCUGGCAUCUGCUGUGGCUGUUUUCAUCGUUGCCGUCCAGCUGUGGAAAGCAAAUAAAAUGGCACAAAGAAAAUCAAUGGACUUUAAGAUGCAAAGGAUGUGA